GUUACGACAGAUGGCGCACUAUAGUCGGUGCGCUGCUGUAACGCGAGGCAUGGUUAUUAUCUGACUUGUUCGUUCAAUUUAAUUCUAUUGAAAAAUAUUCAUUAUUGUGAUAAACGAAUUUUAAUUUAUAUUUAAUAUAAAAGUAGAACAUCAAUUUGAGGGUUAUUGUUAACGAAAAAUAAUUGAACAGAUUUAGAUAAGAAUUUUUAAACAAAUCUGUAUGACAUAACCCCCUUCCCUGUCACUUGUGAAAAGGAGAAUUAAAAAAAUGGCUGUUUCUUGGACCGAAGAUGAUAUUGGAAGAAAAUGGGAUCGUUGUUUUGCGGAUGGUCUUAUUAAAUUAAGUUGUGGUGCAGUCAUUGGUGGAGUAGUUUCAUUAUUUUUUUUUCGAAGAAGAAAGUGGCCAUUGAUAAUUGGAGCAGGUUUUGGAUUAGGUAUGGCAUAUUCUGAAUGUGAACGGGAAAUAAAUGCAUUUACGAAACGAUAUUUACCAGAGAGUAAACGUGAGGAAAAGAAAAAGUAGCUCGUAGAAAAGAAUGGUUUGUUGUUUUUAACGAACAGUUCAAAAUAUCGAAUAAAACUGUUCGUGUAAAAAAAAAAAAAAAAAAGAAAAAACCCCUCUCUUAGUACAUUUGUAAAGUAGCUACAAUUGUUAAUCCAUUUAAAUGAAUUCUCUCUAAACACAUUGUACAGAAUAAAAUUCUCAAUUGUACUUUGUCUGGAACAUGAUUUUACAAUGUUUCGUUGAAUUUUAUAAAUUAGAAUUAUUUA